AUGCAGCACUUUGCGGCCCAGACACCUCCGAAGCCACAGCAAGAACGGUCCAGCGCGAGGGCCAGCGCAGACGGGCAGUCAUCAUCAUCAUCACCUCUCAUACACGCCGCUGCCAUCAGCACAGUCCUCCUGACCUCAGUCGCGCUAGUGCCCUACCUUCUCGUCCGGAGCCGGCUCACCUCUCUGCACCAGCAGGUUGCGCAGCUUGGUAGUGCGAACGAAGCCCUGCGCCGAGACGUGAAGAUGCUGGUAGGGGAGAAUGCGAUUAGGCGGAACGAGCAGCAACGCUUUGUCAGGUUGCUGGAGGAAACUAGGGCGGGUGUCGACGGCCUUGGGUCGCAGUGGGAAGGCGAUGAGGAGGUGAGGAGAGAGGAAAGCAAGAAGAUUCGGGAGGGCUUGCGCGAUCUGAAGCAGACGAUUGAGCGUGUGGAGAUGGAUGCGGUGAAGCGUGAGCAGGCCGGGGCGGAGUGGAGGCGGAAUCUUGCAGACAAGUUCAGCUGGCUGAAGAAAUAG